CCCCCCCCCCCCCCUUUUUUUAAUAGUAAAGAGAGAAAAACAAAUACGGAGUACUCCAUUAUAUUGAGGUCUUUAAGCUUGGAAGAGCCAGCCAGCCGCACAUUUCGCUCACACGCUUUUCUUCUCCCCUUUCCUUAAAGUAAAUCCGGCCUCCUCAUCAUCAUCAUCACCUUCCUUCUUCUUUUCUCUUUGCUUCUAAUAACUCUAUUCUACCUCUGUAUUAUUUUAUUGCAGCAGCAGUAUAUGACCACUGCUCAUCUACCUCGCUAAUUAUAGAUACCUCUGUAUAUUCAGGGGAUCGGAUUGGAAUGCCCUCUCUCUCUCUCUCUCUCUCUCUCUCUCUAGGGCAAAAUAAUUAUGGUGAUGAAUUAUUAGUUUCUGUACGUAAUUUUGGUUGAAGAAGAACAUUACCCGAAAGAAAAGAAGAGUAAAUCUCAGCUCAGCAGCUGCCAUGGAGAAUUUCUUAUUGCUUCCCUUAAUGCUCCUAUUCCUCCUCCUCCAAAAUGCAGCAGCUGCUGCUGCUGCUGCUAAUGAUGGAGUUCAUCAUGAUUCAGCAGUGGGAGACCCCGGGAUGAGCAGAGACGCCCUCAGGGUGGCCUUCGAGGCUUGGAACUUCUGCAACGAAGUUGGGGAGGAAGCCGCCGGAAUCGGCAGCCCCAGAGCCGCCGACUGCUUCAACCUUGUCUCCAACAACAACACGAAUAAUACGGGAGGAGGAGGAGGAAUAAGGAUAAAGCACCUGGUGUCGGAGGACGACAACAGGCUCGGGGUCGGGAAGCCCUUCCCUGGGCUGAAAUCAGGAUCUCUGAAUGACCCCGAUCUCUACGCCGCCGAGAAAGAGCUGUACCUGGGGUCGCUGUGCGAGGUGGAGGAGGAGGAGGAGGAGGAGGGAUCCGGGCCGUGGCAGUUCUGGAUGGUCAUGCUGAAGAACGGAAACUACGACUCCGAAUCUGGACUCUGCCCCGAGAACGGGAAGAAGGCGCCACCGUUCGCGAGGGGGAGAUUUCCCUGCUUCGGGAAGGGGUGCAUGAAUCAGCCCAUCCUUCAGCACAGCCGGACCCAAUUAGUGGAAGGCGACACCAGAUUGGUGGGAGGCUUCAACGGGACCUACGACGUGACCGGCGGAGGAGCUGGCGGCGGUUCCUACUUUGAGGUGAUGUGGGAGAAAAAGGUAGGAGCAGGAGAAGGGGGGUGGGCAUUCCGGCACAAGCUGAGGACAACAAAAAGGUACCCCUGGCUAAUGCUAUACUUGAGAGCCGAUGCCACCAAAGGCUUCUCCGGUGGCUACCACUACGACACCCGCGGCAUGCUCCACACCCUCCCGGAGUCUCCCUACUUCAAGGUGAGAGUGAGUUUGGAUGUGAAGAAUGGGGGAGGACCUAAGAGCCAAUUCUACUUGAUGGACAUUGGUAGCUGCUGGAAGAACAACGGGCAACCCUGCGACGGGGAUGUCCUCACCGACAUCACCAGAUACAGCGAGAUGAUCAUCAACCCCGAAACUCCCACUUGGUGUAGCCCUACACAUCUCGAGAACUGCCCCCCGUACCAUAUCACCCCCGACGACACCCUAAUCCACAGGAAUGACACCACCCGCUUCCCUUACGCCGCUUACCACUACUAUUGCGCCCCAGGGAACGCCAAGCACUUGGAAUCGCCCUACAGCACCUGUGAUCCUUACAGCAAUCCUCAGGCACAGGAACUGGUUCAGCUGUUGCCUCACCCGAUUUGGGGACAGUACGGGUACCCGACCAAACAGGGAGACGGGUGGAUUGGGGAUGCAAGGACUUGGGAACUUGAUGUUGGUGCCCUUUCGAGCCGACUUUACUUCUAUCAGGACCCAGGUACCCCUCCUGCUAAAAGAAUAUGGACCUCCCUUGAUGUUGGGACUGAAAUAUUUGUUAGUGACAAAGAUGAAGUCGCGGAAUGGACUCUGAGCGACUUUGAUGUUAUACUCACCUCUCCUCAAAGUUAGUUGGUUAAUCAAAGUAAACUCCAAAGGGUGUUUGUAUUUUGUGCUCCAAAGGUUGUUUUUUGUCAUCACCCAACACCAAAUGACUUCUACUGAUCUAUUUUGCAGUAGUUUACUAUUUGCAUUUCCAAUCUUACCUUGUUCAAUUUCUCAAACGAACACAAUGUAUGCACAACUUUUGCUUAUCAUUAUCC